GUUGAUCUUAGUCAUGUCUAUGGAGAGACUUUGGACAGGCAAAUGAAACUAAGACUUUUUAAGAAUGGAAAGCUAAAGUUUCAGAUGAUUGCUGGGGAAAUGUAUCCACCUACUGUGAAAGAAACUCAGGCAGAAAUGAUCUAUCCACCCCACGUCCCUGACCAUCUGAAAUUUUCUGUAGGACAGGAGGUCUUUGGCUUGGUUCCAGGGCUGAUGAUGUAUGCCACGUUGUGGCUCCGGGAACAUAAUCGGGUCUGUGACAUUCUUAAAGGCGAACACCCAGAAUGGGAUGAUGAGCGACUGUUUCAGACUGCCAGACUAAUUCUGAUAGGAGAAACCAUCAAGAUUGUGAUUGAAGAUUAUGUGCAACAUUUAAGCGGGUACCAUUUCAAGCUGAAGUUUGAUCCAGAGCUUCUCUUCAAUCAGAGGUUUCAAUAUCAGAACAGAAUAGCAGCAGAGUUCAAUACCCUCUACCACUGGCAUCCACUUCUGCCUGAUACAUUUCACAUCCAAAACCAAGACUAUACGUACCAGCAGUUCAUGUAUAACAAUUCCAUUCUUUUAGAACACGGGCUUUCUCACAUGGUGCAAUCUUUCUCCACGCAAAGGGCUGGAAGGGUAGCUGGAGGUAGGAAUCUCCCUUCUGUAGUGCAGAAAGUAGCUCAAGCUUCCAUUGAUCAAACCCGGCAGAUGAGGUACCGAUCCUUGAAUGAAUACCGAAAGUUCUUUCUGCUGAAACCUUUCACAUCAUUUGAAGAACUUACUGGUGAAAAAGAAAUGGCUGGAGAACUUGAAGAGCUCUAUGGAGAUAUUGAUGCUAUGGAAUUAUACCCGGCUCUUCUCAUUGAAAAACCACGCCCUGGAGCCAUCUUUGGCGAGACCAUGAUUGAACUCGGGGCUCCCUUCUCCUUGAAAGGUCUUCUAGGAAACGUCAUCUGCUCACCUGAAUACUGGAAGCCAAGUACUUUUGGAGGCGCAGUGGGCUUUGACAUUGUGAAUACAGCCUCACUUCAAAGCCUCGUUUGCAACAACGUGAAGGGCUGCCCCGGGACAGCUUUUCAUGUCAUCGGCUCCGAAACGUUGGCAACGAAUAACGUCAGUGCAUCGAGCAGGUCGAUGGAUGAAAUCAACCCUGCCGUACUUCUCAAAGAGCGGUCAACCGAAUUGUAGGGAGGGGUUAAGGUUGUAUAUUUAUUUAUUAAUUUAUUUAUAUAUCAAUAUUUAUUUAUGUUUCAAAUAAAGCUGUCAUGGACCUCUGUAUAUUUUCCUGUGCAUUGGCGUUGAAUUCAGGUUGUCUGACUUGAAGAGGUUCUUGCUUGGAUUUGCAAGACAGGUUCUCUUCAUUCUUCAUUAUAUCUUCUGUACCAAGGUGGCGCAGUGGUUAAAUGCAGCACUGCAGGCUACUGCUAGAUCAGCAGUUCAGCGGUUCAAAUCUCACC